AUGGAUACAACCAUCAAGGAAUUUGUGCAGCGAAUUAUAUCAGAAAGGCGUGCAGCAAGGCAACAAAAGCAUGUUGGGCCUGAACAUGCCGUGUGGAAUGUGUUCUCCUCUCAGCAUUACACCUUGCUCAACGAUUUGAUACAAUCGCCCUUGACCUUUGCACCUGAAGAUCAUCCUGAUGUAUUGGAGCUAGUGGAUCCAGCGAGUCAGCAUGAAGAACAGCCAACAACAUACCUUCGCGUUUGCGCAGCUGAUGUCGAAACUAUGAGGGCAUCCAUUGAAAGAUAUCGCACAAUGUACCCAGCUGACAAAAAUUGGUGCACUACCGUGAUGGAGCAUAUUACGGCACUUUCCUCCUCCAAUGAUCCGAUUUCGCUUCAUUAUGGCGGUAUGUCAUUUAGCUCUACACCUUUGGAAAGGAAUCUACAAGAUAGCCAGCGUGCAGGUGGUGGUUCCAGGAUGCUCAAUUGGCUGAAGGCAAACAAAGAGCUGGUGUGGGAUGUAUAUCAAAUACAAGGUCUCGAUUUUGACGAUUCCUUUUCGCUUGUUGAAUAUGGCUAUGUUGAAGAUUUCAUUAUCAAGUCUAUUGGGGAUACAGCAUUGAAUGCAGCAAAUGGAGGAUUUCACGUCGAUUACCAGCCAUCUAUGGCCAUUUCCCAGUUUUGGAGAAAUACGGCAACAAGCGUUGACUUUGCACGCUACUUGCAACGAACACCCAUAUCCGAUUAUAUCAAAGAUGCUUUGAGAAAGCACUUUGAUGACUACAGCAAAUUCAUUGAAAGGAUGACGAUGCAAGGAAUGACAACAAUGGCAGCACCAACCGAGCAAUUGGUACAAGCGAUGAAUGAUCAAGCACAAUCACCAACAACGAUCGAUGAUACCACAAUUUCCGUUAUUGUCGGUGAAGACCUACCAACACAAUCGCUCAAAACAAAAGUGUUCGGUUACCUUGAAUGUGCCGUCUCCUCAAGAUCAGCUCGCUUUUUUCGAGACACACUUGAGUUUUUGUCUUCAUUAUCCGGGGAUAUUUCAGUAGACCUUCUUUUCCCGGCAUUUGUCGAUUUGCUAGCUAUGCAUUGUCGGCAGCCACUUUUUCCAUCAAUCUUGUUUCUAUCACGAUAUUUGAAAAUUGUUCAGCCCGUGGUCAUCGUAUCAAUGUCGCAAAUUGUAUUCACCCAUUUUCAUUUGGAUACUUUUCGCACUACCUGGUUGGAUACAGCAUCCACCACAGCAUUCUUCCAAGAAUAUCAAUCACCUAAUGAUUAUGGUGGGUUGUCCGAAAUUGCGAAAAUGGAUCCAACACCAUGUACAGCAUUCUUCAAAUCCAGCACUGCUCAUUUGACCAACGUCGCUAUUGUGGCGUAUGGGCCAGGUGACACCGAUUAUGCAUUGCUGUUACCAAUAAGGAACCCUGGAUCACUUAGCUAUGAUGCAGCAAAACAAGCCCUGAAAGCCGAAGAAGUCACCUUAUCCAUUUGUGCGAUGCAUAUCCUUGACAGCCUUGUUCGCAGAAGAUUAGCUAAUGGCGAAGAGCGACCCACUGAUCACGAACGGCUUAUUGGUUGGCUUAAGUCUAUACAAAUGGAAUUCGAGGACGUGAUUGAAGCAACGGGCAUGAAACAGCAUCUUCAUUCUAUCAAGGACAAGAUUGUGCGAGCCGAAAAGGAACACAUGUCAAUGCGUAUGAUAGCAUCAAGCAAGCGGCGUCGAGACGAGAUCAAUAACAGUGAUGAGCGAAAGCUGGUUCGCAUCAAGCAACCUUUUAUUGGUGACAUUCAUAGUAUGGAAAGGCAUCAACAAUACGACCAAUUGAAGGAGCAAGAUUCUUGGAGGAGAGAGCGAGGUUUGGUGUUUUCAAGAGUGCCAUGUCCACCAGCCAUGAUACCAUUUUCUAACGAGCAUGAAGCGUGGUUCCUGAGCGCAAGGGCUGGUGCUGAUAUGCAACGUGUUGCUGUUGCAACUGGAAACAAUCCAAUGAGUGGCUUGAAUGAAGACGAAAAAGAAGAGUACUUGAGAAAAAGACGUUUUGGAGUAUACGGUGACCGAGCAGAUCGUGACAAGAAUGCUAUCCAGCGACUUGAAGAUAUGGCCCAAAAGAUUGGCAACGUUGAUGAAUGGCUGACUAUUGACAAAUUACCUAUUCGGGCGACAUGUUCGACUUGUGGCCAUACCUUCAUCAAGCUGCACAACACCACUCAUUACUGUGAUCAGCUUUCUCGAGAGCUAACCUCGCAAGAACAUGGCUUGCAAUACUUCAGGUUGAUGUAUUUACAUGAUGUUGUGGAUGCAUGGAUGGAUACCGACAUGGAAGAAUUGCUCAAGCUUGAUCAACAUGAUGCAGCAACCAUACUAAACAAGCACCAUCAUCAAGGCAAAGGGGAUCGCAUACCAGGGUCAUUGGGGAUGAUUUACACGCUUCCGGCACAGCAAAUCUCUGACGACUUUAUGUUCGCGAUGGCGGUUGACAAGGAGAUCAUUGCAAAAGGGCAUGGACUAGGCAAUCCACCUAAUUCAAUUGGCAACGAUGCAUGGCUUUUUGACCAUGUGCAGAUCAUGACAGCGCUCCAGGAUCAUUUCAACAAGCACUCUUUCCUACCAUUGGCUGAAGUCUCUUGUGGUGUUCCUGAUACCUGCAAUUACUACAGCAUACGAGCACCUUGUCGCAAGCAAAGCAUCAACAAGAUUCCGCUUCCUGGUGAUGUACAACACAAGCACUAUCGCAAGAACAGCAAGUGUGCAUUUGGUGAAACUUUUACAUCAUUUGACGACUUGCCUCUUAUUGUCAGACGAUGGUUAUGGAUGUCAUAUGUCAAGGGCAAGAUCAUCAAUGGUAACCCGUUGGAUUGGCAAGCUCAAAUCCCAUUCACCCGUUGA